CACAUACGUAACAACGAUGUGCCUAACAUCUCGGUUAUGAUGCACACUUGGAGAUCGGCUAGCGCCGAGCCAACACGGACAUACAUCAGAUAGUUUCUGGAGAAAUGUGACUGCCAUGUUUAUGCACUGAAGAUUGAAUUACACACUUGGAGACCGCCCAAUACAGAGGUCAUUGUGACACCACUAGACACCCGAAAAAAGCUCGUUUCAGGAGAAGUGAACAUGUAUAUUACAUGUUUACGCACUGAUGAUUGAAUUGCACCCUUGGCGACCGUCCAAUACAGAGGUCAUUGUGACACCACUUGACACCCAAUACAAGCUCGUUUCAGCCAUUCAAACAGCUGCCGGUGUCUUGAUCGCAUACAGGUGUACAUUCCCCUGCUGCACUGAUGUCAGGCUGACAAAAUGGAAAACAAUUUUCUGAACAAGCGUAUAACAGGAAUGGAAUUACAUCGACUGCUUGCAAUAAACAUAUACAUGUACCUACAAAGUAUCGCUAUUGCUAAUGGUAUAGACUACCAUUGCCUGUCGGUAUCUGAGUCCGGGACAUGUGAGGAAUGUUAUACUGGAUGGUAUGGUGAUUACUGUGACAAGAUGUGUCAACACUGUGACACGGGUGGAUGUAGCAAAACAGGAGUUUGUCUUCAGUGUGAAGCUGGAUAUUACUCUGCAAACUGUUCACUGACAUGUCCACCUCAGUGCAGAGAGAGCUUUUAUGACCGUGUCUUCUGUAACCGUACAACAGGGAAUUGUCUGGAAGGCUGUAAACCCACAUGGUGGGGACCUAAAUGUGAACACAAGUGUGGAAAACAGUGUACUCAUUCAGUUUGUAAAUUUUAUGAUGGUUCUUGUGACAGUGGAUGCAAGGACGGGUUUACCGGGUCGCGUUGUCACAAAACCUGUUCAGUGGGAUGUUUCCAUGGCAAGUGCAUUCAGCUGACGGGUGUGUGCCUUCAUGGAUGUAACACUGGCUUCUAUGGGCACUCCUGUGAUAGACACUGUACUGAUAAAUGCCUCGAUAGAGAAUGCAGUACAAGGAUUGACGGAGGCACUCCUACCUGUACCCACGGCUGUGUACCUGGCUGGAAGCCUCCCCUCUGCCAUAUCCCUUGCCUACCUAACUGUUUAUCCUGCAUUGAAGCUGGGGUGUGUACAUCCUGCAAGGCAGGGUUCACAGGAACAAGCUGUGAGAAGAAGAAAUGCAACUGUCUAAGUUCCGGUUGUAGCGAAGACAAAACUUGCAAUGGAUGUCUUGAUGGGUGGAAGGGACAGACAUGUGAGUUGACCUGCUCUCAAAACUGCCUCAAAUGUCAACAGAAUAGUGGGAACUGCAUAACAUGUCGCCAAGGUUUCACAUAUGAUGGAAGAAGUCGAUGCACCUCCAUGAUCGAUGGUAACGGAACCUCUCAAUCCACAAUCACCGACGUCCCACCUCAAAGGCAAGAAUCACAUGUUGCCAUUGCGAUUAUUUCAACCAUAGUCUGUCUACUUGUAAUCGGAGUUUUAAUCGGGAUCUCUAUCAGAUUCCGAGGACGCAUCCUGUCAUGCUUUAAACACGCCGAGAAUGGAAAUGCUCCUGAUAAUAAGGAGCCGGAAUUGUCAGCAGCCGACUUGCUCGGACAAGAUCGCGAGCAACAAGAAGAUGUAUCGUUGAAUAAUGUGUGUUAAUUAUUUCCAGCAUUGGCAUUAGAAGGUCUAUCUUGAGACAAUCGAGAGUUCUAAUAUGUCAGGGUCGAUCGAGCAUACUAGUAUAUGCUUUUAAUGUAAGCUCUUUUCAUCAGCACAAACAUGUGAUUUUGAUAUAUCUCAGAAUUGUGCAGAAUUGACAAGUGCAUCGUAUAUCAUGUGUGGUAUUUCUUACACCUUAAUUCCCAAUGGCAAUAGUAAUGGUUAUUGUAUUGCAUAAAGACCCCUUUGUGGAGACCUUUAGAGUUAAACAUGCGACUUAAUAAAAGUACUUGACAUGUUGAUACAUCACAUGUAUGGUUAUAUUUACUGUUCAUGUAUUAGCUUCCUGCGUGAUUUUAAUGUUGAAUCUGUGUGUAUCCAGAUUAAUACUGUGGUGACGGUAUACACCAGACCUUCAGCUGCCUCGAAAAACUUGGGUCUACAGAACAUAUGGAGUUAUCAGGAAACAAGAGAUAUAUUAAUAUUUGAAAUAUGAGUACAACACUAUAUAUGACUAAUGCGUUUAGUUUAUACAACACCAAUACUCGCUGCAAGUAAUCAGUGCAUGUUAACAACACAGCUACAUAUACUGGUUCAGCGUGUACUUGUUGCCAUAUUUAUCGACAAGAAUCAUCUGUCUAUGGUAGUCUAGUUUUUAUUAUAUAACACAAAUACUGAAAACAAUCAAAUUUAAAAUUUUACAUGCUGCACUGAUUCCUGAUUUUGUAUCUACAAGCAAACUAUUGUCAUAUAUAUCUCAAUACCAACGACUGCGCAUAACACAAAUGAAAUAAUACACCUUCUUGGCGUAAGAAGUAAGGAAAUAAGAAUUAUCCGACCGAGGCUUACACUCUUAGCAAAAACACAUGUUACUACAUGCAUGUCCAUAAGGUAAGUGCCAGCUCAUGUCAGUAGACGUCCAUCAACAUAACGAUCGAUCUACGUAUGUACAACUGCAGUGUUCGUGUUCCCUUCGCAUAACAUAUAUGCACGUUUUGAAAAGGGAGAAAUACUCAGCAUAUAUGAUCAACUAUCAAAGUGACCACUGACAAAACAUACUCUUGGGGAGCAUAUUACGUCUUUUUUUUAUUUUACAUGAACAUAUUUGAAGAUGGAAUUAAAAUAUGCCGUAUGUAUGCCGUGAUUUAACAUAGUAUUUAAGAUCUUCUACAUAUCCAAUGAGUAUUAUCACCUUAAUGACGGGUACUACAAUGUACUUACAUUCAUAACAGUAUCCUUUCUAGAAGUGAGUGUAUGUUAGGGUAUCCAUAUCCACUGUUUGUAAAACAUGCCAAUAAGCAGGUAUCGACCUGCUGUCCUGUUGUACCCUAUAUUACCGUCACCGUCGUGACACCUGAUUUGUUACCAGUUGGAUUGUCCACCAAAACAAAAACACCACUGGUGCAAAUUAUCCAAUUGAUUUUCUUUUUUAUUUGUUUUAUUUUCAGUUAUGUGAUUCUUCAACCGACAUUUUCGGUUGAUGUAUAUAUAUUUUGUUUAUGUGUUUCGAAAGUUCAGUUUUUGUUUGAAAUGUUUUGUCUGUGAGUGAAAUUACAUUCUUUCUCUCUGUAGUUUUCAUUCAUUUUUUCUGUUAUCAGAUUUUGGUUAAAUCUGGUGCAUUUUAGCAUUGCAAAUCUUUACUUCGCGUGCAAGACCCCUGACGGCCUUUGUGAAAAAAAACAUUCUGUAAAGUGAGUGAGUGAGUAUGGUUUUACGCCGCUUUUAGCAAUAUUCCAGCAAUAUCACGGCGGGGGACACCAGAAAUGGGCUUCACACAUUGUACCCAUGUCGGGAGUCGAACCCAAACCCUGGGCCAGUAAUAUGGUAAUUUGAAGAUUGGUCAUCAAAGGACAAGGUUGAUCUACUUUGCACUGAAUUUCAUUCACACGAUAUUAUUCACUUGACCGAAAUUUGGCUGCAUGACGGCAUACCUACUGUUGGUAUUUCAAUUCCAGGCUUUCAUUUGCCAAUUAGAAACGAUCGACCAAGUCGAGGCGGGGGUGUAGCUAUAUAUGUAAAACGAAAUGAUAUGCUAACAAUAUGGAUCAUCUGUGCAUAAAUGGACUCGAUUCAUUAUGGGUAAUGUCAAGGGCCAUUCUAUAGGGCAGAUAAAAGCGAGGCUUUCUGGCGGUUAACAGAUCAGUCAAUAUAUAUGUAACGCAAUAGAUUUGAAUAUAACAACUAUUACAGAUGGGGAGUUUAAUCUAGACAUUCUGAGAGAAAGUAAGAACAAAAUACAUCACUUUCAAGCAAUAUAUGGGUUGACCCAAAUUAUUACUGCGCCAACCAGGAUUACACCUACCUCCAGAACUUUGAUUGAUUUAUUGUUUGUAACUAAUGUAGAGUGUGUGGAAUUCGGGUGUAUCCGAUCCUAUAUGCAGUAACCAUUGUCCUAUAUUCGUAGCAACUAAGGAAGAUAUACAUAGCAAUGCAAAUUGUAAAAGAAAAAUCUUAAAUUACAACAUGGCGAAUAAUGAAAACUAUAUUGAUAGCUCAACUGAGACAAAGUUGGGAUCAUUUCUUAUCAUCCAGAAAUGUUGAUGUUAUUGCAGAAUGUUUUACCCGGACAAUUAUUGACGUGUGUAA